AUGGGUGCCAGUGAAUAUGACUAUCAAGUAACGAAUUAUUUUGCUCCUUCUCGUUUUAAUGUUACAUGUGAUGAUUUCAAAUAUUUGACUGAUCAUCUACAUCAAAAUGGUAUUUGUGUUAUUCUUGAUUGGAUUCCAACACAUUUUAAACACUAUCACUUUCUUCAUCAAUGUUCUAUGUCUUUACAUGAAUAUGAUGGUACAAAUUUAUAUGCUAGUAUUGCAUCACGAUGGGAAACAAUAUAUUGUGAUUUUGAUAAAGAAGAAACACAUCGAAUUCUAUUUGCUAGUGCUCUUUACUAUUUUGAUCGAUUUCAUUUUGAUAGAAUUCGUUUCGAUGCUGAUGAUACAAAUGAUGGUUCAUUUAGUAGUAAAAAUAUUCUAUUGAAUUAUGUUUCACAUGCUCAAAAUGAUAUGGAUAAAUUUGCUGAUCUAAGAAAUUCAUUUGCAUGGCAAAUAUGUAUGCCAAGCCGUGGUCAUAUGAUACAUAUGGGUGAUGAAGUUGUUCAACCAGUAUCUUGGUUUCAACAAUGUUUUCGAGGUAAGAUAAGUAUGGAUGGGUCAUUAUCGAAUUCAACGUCAUUGCAUGGUAAAAUUCAAGAAUGGAUUCGGGAUCUCAAUCGUCUUUACAUUCAUUAUCCACAAUUUUGGGAAUAG